CUCUGCGAUCCUGCGGCCGGCUCUGACUGCUUCCCGGGGAUUUGGUCCUGCCUGCCGGGGACCGGGCCGCCUUCCCCGCGGCGCCCAGGAGCGGGGUGCGGGGAGCGGCGCCCGCCGGAGACCCAGCGGUGACCCAGCGGUGCGCGGUGGGACGACGCGCCAGCCCGCUUCCCUCUCCCGCUUCGCUGGGCUUUGUGAGGUGACUCAGAAUUUUCCAGCUGCAGAAUGUGUAGGGCCUUUAAAGAUUGGCAAUGAUGAGUAAACUGGAAUUAAAGGAAGACAGGAUGUUGGAGGUUCAGUUUGUGGGAGAUGAUGAUGUCCUUAAUCACAUUCUUGAUAGAGAAGCAGGAGCUAAAUUAAAAAAGGAGAGAACUCAGCUUUUGGUCAACACAAAAAAAAUAAUAAAGAAGCCAGAAUAUGAUUUGGAAGAAGAUGACCAAGAAGUCUUAAAAGAUCAGAACUAUGUAGAAGUUUUAGGACGAGAUAUUCAAGAAUCCUUGAAAAAUGGCUCUGCUGCAGAUGGUGGGAAUAAAGUUUAUUCUUUUCAGAAUAGAAAACACUCUGAAAAGAUGGCUAAAUUAGCUUCAGAACUAGCAAAAACACCAAGAAAAAAUGUUUCGUUGAGUUUGAAGAAUGAUCCUGAAAUUACAAACAUUCCUCAGUGUAGCAAGGGGCAUUCUGCUUCAGACAACGUUCAGUUGAAGAACAAUGAUAAAAGUGAAUUUCUAUCAACAGCACCUAGUGGUCUAAAGAAAAGAUUAAUAGUUCCGAGGUCUCAUUCUGACAGUGAAAGUGAAUAUUCUACUUCCAACUCAGAAGAUGAUGAUGGGGUUGCACAAGAAAAUGAAGAGGACACUAAUGAAGUCAUAUUGAGCCAAAAGAUUCCGUCACAGAAUAGAGCUGUUUCAGCUCCUGUUUGCAAAGAAACACCUUCUAAGAAAAUGAAAAGAGAUGAAACAAGUGAUUUGGUAGAAGAAUAUUUUGAAGCUCAUAGCAGUUCAAAAGUUUUAACCUCUGACAGAACACUGCAGAAACUAAAGCGAGCUAAACUGGAUCAGCAAACUUUGCGUAACUUGUUGAGCAAAGUUUCUCCUUCCUUUUCUGCUGAACUUAAACAACUAAGUCAACAAUAUGAACAAUUAUUUCAUAAAUGGAUGUUGCAGUUACGCCUGGGGUUCAACAUUGUGCUUUAUGGUUUGGGUUCUAAGAGAGAUUUACUAGAAAGGUUUCGAACCACUGUGCUGCAAGAUUCCAUUCAUGUUGUCAUCAAUGGCUUCUUUCCUGGAAUAAGUGUGAAAUCAAUCCUGAAUUCUAUAACAGAAGAAGUCCUCAAUCAUAUGGGUACUUUCCGCAGUGUACUGGACCAGCUAGACUGGAUAGUAAACAAAUUUAAAGAAGAUUCUUCUUUAGAACUCUUCCUUCUCAUCCACAACUUGGAUAGCCAGAUGUUGAGAGGAGACAAAAGCCAGCAAAUUAUUGGACAGUUGUCGUCUUUACGUAACAUAUACCUUAUAGCAUCUAUCGAUCACCUCAAUGCUCCUCUCAUGUGGGAUCAUGCAAAGCAGAGCCUUUAUAACUGGCUCUGGUAUGAAACUACUACAUAUAGUCCUUAUACUGAAGAAACCUCCUAUGAGAAUUCACUUCUGGUUAAACAAUCUGGAUCAUUACCACUUAGUUCCCUAAUUCAUGUCUUACGAAGCCUUACCCCUAAUGCAAGGGGGAUUUUCAGGCUACUAAUAAAGUAUCAGCUGGAUAACCUGGAUAACCCUUCUUACAUUGGACUUUCUUUUCAAGACUUUUACCAACAGUGUCGAGAGGCAUUCCUGGUCAAUAGUGAUCUGACACUUCGGGCCCAGUUAACUGAAUUUAGGGACCACAAACUUAUAAGAACAAAGAAGGGAACUGAUGGAGUGGAAUAUUUAUUAAUUCCUGUGGACAAUGGAACACUGAAUGAUUUCCUGGAAAGGGAAGAAGAAGAGUCUUGAAGUUAUCCCUUUCUCUUGAAUCUUUUGUGGAAGGAUUGUACCCCAGCUGCCACUCCUCUAGUCUAAAGUGUUUACAUCUAACAUUAGACUCUUUUCUAGUGUACAAGACUUAAAGUUGGGAGGGGGGAAUGUCAUCAAUUAGAACCUUGAUUAGCCUGGCUGGUGUAUCAUCUCUAGUACUAUGCAUUGGUCCUCGAGUUGGAGAAAACGUGCCUUUCAUUCAUUACCUCUCUGGAGACUUCGUGCUGGAAUGAACUGUGUGCUCAGGGACUAUUUGGAGCUGGAUGUUUUUGAAUUAUUUUAUACUAGAGAGGAUAUUAUUCCUGAUUUUUUGAGGGCCUUUUAAACACUCCCAGAGCUGUUUGCAGAUGUGUUUGUGCCAGAGUGUGGAAGUACAAAAACACUGGCAUCACAUAAACCUAUUACUUUAUUUGCUGUUGUCUGAGCUGAUGAGGGCAGAUCAUCUUACUGUUUUUGGUGGGCUUAACAAAAGGGACGCGUACGAGUAGGUGAUCUAGCUUUCUCCUUUUGGAUUUAGACAAUAUCCUGGUAGGGUGGGGAAGAGAGGGCAUGACCCUGUUCAGUGGAUAGAGGGAAAAGCAUAAUGAGUGUAGAGGGUGCAUACCCACCUUAGAAAACACAUGAACAAUAAUCAUGAUCCCUGGAACAGCUAACAUCUGUGCCAUCACCUUCAUGACACAAGCCAGGCUACAGAAACACAGUCCUGAGUUACAUUUUAGUUUUGAAGACAACAGAAAAUAAAAUUUUUAAUUAUUCUUGUA